UGCGCAGAUAUCUAUCGGGACGGGAACCGAGGAGGAGUAGAGGGAGGAGACACAACACAACAACCGCGUCCGUCCAGUGUGUCCACUCCUCGCGUGAGAAAGAAGCGGUAGUGUGCGCGCGCGAGACAGAGAUGGCAACUCCGGCGACGGAGGCGGCGGCGGCGGCGGCGGCGACACCGGUGGCACCGGCUGAGGGGUCGGUGAUCGCGAUCCACAGCCUGGACGCGUGGAGCACCCAGAUCGAGCAGGCCAACAGCGCCAAGAAGCUGGUGCUGAUCGACUUCACCGCAUCUUGGUGUGGACCAUGCCGCAUCAUGGCUCCAAUUUUCACUGAUAUGGCCAAGAAGAAUCCAAAUGUCGUUUUCCUGAAGGUUGAUGUUGAUGAAAUGAAGGCCAUUGCUGAGCAAUUCAGUGUUGAGGCCAUGCCGACCUUCCUGUUCAUGAAGGAAGGUGACGUCAAGGACAGGGUCGUCGGCGCAAUUAAGGAUGAACUGGCCCAGAAGCUUCAGCUCCACCAGACCCUGUAGACCAGUAUAAUGCUAUAAUGAAGUAGUAUUCACCUAAAUAAGAAGAAGCAUCAACUCAGAGAGAACUAGUGCCUCUAUAAUGGUACUUCGUAUGUAGUAUUAACUAUCCUACUCUGCUGCCCAGUUUCUGGAUAAUGAUAUGAUCAGGCCCUGCUUGUUCCAAGAUUAUGCUUUGCAUAUCAUGUUUCCUCUUUCAGCUGAGAUGCUAGAAUGGUGAAUCAGAGUCAAUAUCUUGAAAUUAUUUGACUGUCAUAGUCAUCUAGUUUUUAAGGUUAUUUGCCUACUAGCCACUAAAGUUCUUGUUUGAUCACAACGCCCCCAUUAUUAUGGACUUGCAAUUUCUUGAAAAUGCAAUGGUAGUUGCAGUCAUGAGUUCUCAAGCCAGUAUGCUUGCUCUCCCUGAGCACUCAAGUCUUUAGCUUUACAAAAUCAUGGUUCUGGUUUCGAGAACUGAUAUCUGCUUUUUUGCACGUUCAUCUCCAAACCAUGGUGUAUGGAAUAUAUCCUUUUCUUCACCUGGUACCACUUCAUCAGUCCAAGCUUUGUAGCUUCUCACCGCUCUAACAGCUACUAACUGCAAAGGCAGAUUUACCAGCUGCUAUCUAUUUGAAGCUGUUAUUGAUAUCUGACAGGUUUCAGGGGGAAGAAAGGUUUCUGCCAAAUGUUUCUUGGAAGUUUUGGGGAGAUUCUUAUCUUGCAUCGAAUGCCACCGCCACAAGCCCUCAAGGCCACGACCCACACAAGAAGCCAUCUUAGCAUCUUGCAAAAUGGACACCAAUUCCAAUUCCAAUUUUAAUUCCAACUAUUUCUUUUCUCUGCUUCAAUUCCCAUUCGCCUUCUUCCUUCAUGGAUCAAAGCGUUCGCUUCCCAUGAUAUUUCUGCUCCAGCCAUUUCAAGAUCACAGGCCGGCUAGUUAACACAUCCGACUAGCUCGUCUGCCAUGGCGGUGAGCCGGGCGGCCAUAUGCGGCAUCAGGGAGAGCCUCGGCACGGUGCAGGGCAGCCUGCUGCGGCUGGAGGUGGUCGUGCUCCUGAGCGCGCUCAUCCUCGCCGUGCUGGUCCUCUACGGCUCUGCGAACCGCCGGAGCAGCGACAAGCUCCUCCGCGGCGCCAUGUGGAUGGCCUACUCCAUGUCCUACGUGGUGGUCUCCUACGCCGUGGGGAUCAUCCAGGACGGGCCCUUCCGCGGCGAGACGUUCGUGCUCUGGGCGGCCGCGUUGCUCCUCAUCCAGGCGAGCGCCUACUCAGCGCCCGUGCACAGCCGCCGCGACGUGGACCAGCGCAAGAAGCUGCUGCUGCAGCACGUCCUCCAGACGGGCCUCGUGCUCUGGCUCAUCGUCAACGCCACCGGCCGGAACGCCAGCUACCGGGCCGCCAUCUGGGCGUUCUGGGCGCUCAACGUGCUCAAGACGGCCGCCAAGAUCGCCGAGAUGAUCCAGACCAGCCGCUCCGACAUGUCCGUCAAGGUGGUCGCCGAGUACAUGGCCGUCGAGGAGGACCUCUCCCCCGAACAUAUGCCCCCUGACCCCGCCACCAUGCGAGGGUACAGGUACAUCUUCCACGGCGAGGAGAUCAAGGAGCCGGUCACCCACGACGGCGGCCACCCGGCCCGGGACAACAUGUUCUCCCAGAGCGCCGCCAAGUCGGUCGUCACCAUCGACCAAGUUUACCAGUGGUCAGCCUGCUAAUGGGGCCAAACCCGCCCCUAACCCACCCCAAC